UAUUGCGUGCUCACACGCAAUUCCACCCGAAUCUUUCUCGCUCUUCACUUUCUCUCUCCUCAACCCCCUCGUCCUCGUCCCCUUCGAAGCCCUAGAAUCGGAGUGCUCCGAUCCCCCUCUCUCCCUCGUGCUCGCUCGAUCCAUCCAUGGCUACUCGCGAGGAGGACGGAGAAGAGCGGAGAGCGCUGUUGGAGGAUGGGCUCUUAGCCGAGGAUGGACAUAAAGGACCAUACACUGGAGAUGGAUCAGUUGAUAUUCAUGGAAAUCCUGUCUUAAAGGACCGGACAGGCAACUGGAGAGCCUGCCCCUUCAUUCUAGGGAAUGAGUGCUGUGAAAGAUUGGCUUAUUAUGGUAUAGCGACAAACCUUGUUAGUUACCUCACGAAAAAUCUACAUGAGGGAAAUGCAUUAGCUGCGAGAAAUGUAACAACAUGGCAGGGAACCUGCUACCUCGCCCCACUAAUUGGGGCCUUAUUGGCUGAUGCUUACUGGGGACGAUAUUGGACAAUUGCUAUUUUCUCGUCCAUAUACUUCAUCGGUAUGGGCACUCUGACUAUUUCGGCAUCUGUUCCUGCUUUGAGGCCUCCGCCUUGUGAUGGAUCUAUCUGUCCGGAAGCAAGCCCACCCCAAUAUGCUAUUUUCUUUCUCGGUCUCUAUCUUAUUGCACUAGGAACUGGUGGAAUUAAACCUUGUGUCUCAUCCUUUGGUGCCGACCAAUUUGAUGAUACUGAUUCAUCUGAAAGAGUUCAGAAGGGGUCCUUCUUUAAUUGGUUUUACUUCUCCAUCAACAUUGGUGCUCUUAUAUCGAGUAGCUUCCUAGUUUGGGUGCAGGACAACCUGGGUUGGGGUUUAGGAUUUGGCAUUCCCACACUCUUUAUGGGUUUAGCCAUCAUAAGCUUUUUCUGCGGCACCCCACUCUAUAGGUUUCAAAAACCAGGAGGGAGCCCUUUUGUGAGAAUGUGUCAAGUAAUUGUGGCCUCAUUGAAAAAAUGGAGGAUAAAUACACCUGAGGACAGUUCUCAGUUAUACGAGCUGCCUAACAAUGCUUCAGCGAUUGAAGGGAGUCGAAAGCUGGAGCAUAGUGAUGAGCUUCAAUUCCUCGACAAGGCCGCGACAGUCACUGAUCUUGACAUUAAAAAUGAUACCUUCUCCGACCCGUGGAGACUCUGCACGGUAACCCAGGUGGAAGAACUUAAAAUAGUUGUAAGGAUGUUUCCCAUAUGGGCAACAACCAUAUUAUUCUCUGCAGUUUAUGCCCAGAUUUCCACCAUGUUCGUGGAACAAGGAAUGGUCCUCGACACCACCAUCUUCUCAUUCACCAUCCCACCUGCUUCUCUCUCUACCUUUGACGUGAUCAGUGUCAUUAUUUGGGUCCCGUUAUACGAUCGAAUUCUUGUACCUAUAGCUAGGAAAUUCACCGGCAAGGAGAGGGGCUUUUCGGAGCUACAAAGGAUGGGCAUCGGGCUUUUCAUAUCUAUACUAGCAAUGGCAUCAGCAGCAGUUUUGGAGAUUAAGCGCUUAUCCAUCGCAAAAGAGUUGCAUUUAGAGGAUAAAAAUGUGGCUGUCCCAUUAAGCAUUUUGUGGCAGAUACCUCAGUAUUUCCUGGUGGGAGCAGCCGAAGUGUUCACAUUUAUAGGGCAGCUCGAGUACUUCUACGAUCAAUCCCCCGAUGCCAUGAGGAGCCUCUGUAGUGCCUUCUCUCUCCUGACCACCGCUUUAGGGAAUUACUUAAGCUCGUUUAUUCUGACGGUGGUGAUGUAUUUCACGACUCGAGGAGGGAAUAUCGGAUGGAUCCCGGAUAACCUAAACCAAGGCCACUUAGACUACUUUUUCUGGCUUUUGGCCGGGCUCAGCUUCUUGAACCUGUUGGUUUAUCUCGGAUGCGCCGUGAGGUACCGAAGCAAGAAGGCUGCUUGAAUCUGAACUUGGUUUGAUGGUUACAAAAGUUAUAUUAUGAUCACAAACACUUGAAUCUGUACCAGUGUAUCAGUAUUUGGCAAUUAUACCAGGCCCUUCAGCAAUCAAUGCAUACAAACAUACUCCCUACUUAAGAUUUUAUGUUACUUUUAAUUACAUAAUGUGUAAAUAUUUCUUGCAUUGGGACUGCUAAUGUGAUCUCAGCAUUGUCUUUGUCAUUUUCAUUUACACUAAGUGAUUUAUUGUAUUCGGAA